CGGCUGAGAUGCUAAUUAGGGAAGAGGCUAAGUGGAACUUGCUGUUGCAGAGCCCAGCACCAGCCAUGGGAAGAGCCGCACAGCAAACCCUCACUGCUUUACUCUGCAUAGCAGCAGCCGUUUGCAUGGGUGAGGACAGCUGUCCAGAGGUCAAGAUUGUGGGUCUCAGUGGUUCUGACAAACUCGCUGUUCUCCAAGGAUGCCCUGGGAUGGCUGGAGCCGCAGGUCCCAAAGGCGAACCCGGAGCUGCAGGAAUGAAAGGGGACAGAGGUGCUGAGGGGAUCCCUGGAAAGGUUGGACCAGCUGGGGAGAAAGGAGAGAAAGGUGGUGUCGGCCUCCCUGGAUCGCAAGGAAUCAAAGGAGACUCUGGAGCAUCAGGAAAAAUAGGGGAACGGGGACCUCCGGGGAUCCCUGGAAAUGCAGGACAAGCUGGCCCAAAAGGAGAAAGAGGUCCUGCUGGCCCCCCUGGAGUGAAAGGAGAUAAAGGAGAAUCGGGAACCCUUGGAACAGUUGGAGAGAAAGAGCUGGACAAUAUACAGUGUAAGAAAGGAGCAAAGAACUGCAAGGAGCUGCUAGCCAGAGGGAACAUCAUGAGCGGCUGGUACACCAUCUAUCCCCGUGACUGUAACGCCAUGACCGUGCUGUGUGACAUGGAGACAGAUGGUGGAGGAUGGAUUGUGUUCCAGAGACGGGUGGAUGGUUCUGUGGAUUUUUACCGUGACUGGAGUUCGUACAAGAGAGGUUUUGGUAGCCGGCUGUCAGAAUUCUGGCUGGGGAAUGACAAUAUCCACCUGCUAACAUCCCUUGGAACCAACGAGCUUCGUGUCGAUCUCAGUGAUUUCGAGAACAACUAUCAAUUUGCCAUCUUCAGCUCAUUCAAAAUUACAGGAGAGACCGAGAAAUACAAGCUGAUCCUUGGCGCCUUUGUUAAUGGCACUGCAGGGGAUUCAUUAACCAUCCACAACCACAUGCCGUUUACAACCCAAGACCGUGACAAUGACCUCAGUUCAAGUAACUGUGCCACAUCCUAUAAAGGAGCCUGGUGGUACAGGGAAUGUCAUUCAUCCAACCUGAAUGGAUUAUACUUGCGAGGAGCCCAUGAAAGCUAUGCUGACGGGGUGAACUGGAAGACCGGCAAAGGGCACAAGUACUCCUACAAGGUGUCAGAGAUGAAAUUUAGGCCCGUGUAGCCAAUCAGGGAGGCAGUUAUAGUAAUUACACUUCGCUCUUAUACAGCAAUUAUCGGCCUAUCAUAUCGAUCAUUUAUCUGGAGACGUGCUGAGAUGAAUUCUUUUUAUAGCACAAUGUUUUCUUUGUCUUUCAUGUUCUGUUUUUCUGCUCACCCAAUGAGAAGUGCAGCCACUUAUGUCACAGAAAAUAGAAAUAUGAGCUCAUUAGUCAGUCAUGGAAUGGGUAAAUCUCUGCAA